GCAUCCGAUUCCGCGCGAUUCAGGUGGUUGAGCAAUGUUUCAAGUCUGCGUUCCUAUCGUCCAUACAAAGAGGAAUCGUCUCAUGACAGCACUGACAGAAGCUUUACAUCAGGCCUCUCGAAAAGUCCCCUCAAGUCUCCCCCAACCAAAUCACUCUCCUUUGGGUCUGGAGUUUAUGAGACCGAAGAACAAUCAGUAAACGAUCGAACCAGUAUAAAUAUGAAAGGUCUGGACGAAGUGCUUCAGGAACUUCGAGAUGCCAAUCAGAAUGUAAGUUCAGCGGUUCAAGCUGCUGAACGCCAACGCAGGGCCUAUGGAUUUACAACCCCUUAUCAUCUCCAACAGCAACAGCAGCGGCAGCAGCAACAGACAAAUGGUUUAAGAAGGAGCACAAGUCCCACUGCUACUUGGGCCUACAAGAGAGAUAGUUAA